AUGACGGGGUCGACUUCCGACGAAACUCAUGAAUCAAGGGUUUUAUGCGACCAUUGUAAAACACCAGUCGAACCUGGGAAGCAGACAUCUUCGACACCAUCCACGGCCCCUACAACAUCACCAAGGGAACUUGGUAAUGGUCCCCGACGCCAAGUGUUUGAGAGACUUGGCCCACAGGUACGACCAAAAGACCAGGCCUCAGUCAGGCGGCGUCUUGACUUCGACGUACCUUUCUAUAAUGAGGAUUAUUACUCGCGUAAUACCAGCAGUUUGGGCUCCCCAGCCGAUCGAAAAACUUUCAAACCACCUAAGACAUCGGAUCAACGCUGGUAUAGUUACAAUUCUCCGACUGGCUUAUAUACGGUGUUGUCUAAAUCUCAAAAACGUCGUCGCCAACAGAUAGAUUGCAUGGCUCAACGACGAGAAGUGCAGACCAGCCAUGCCAACCGGUGGCAACCAAAAAAGGAUGUGGAAAGCAUUAGUGAACGGCCAACCCCGACUUUCAUGACCGAGUUAGUCGAAGGGAGAAAAGUAGCGGCUCCCGGCUUUGAAAUCACUAUUGAAGAGUCUGAGAAACGUAUCAAGCUUCUUCUCCGGCCUGGGGAGAUGAGAGCUCGUCUCGAGCAUUUUAGACAAGAGGCCGAAAGCAAACUUUCUCCGUUACCACCGCGCAAGCCGUUCAUCAAAAUACGACUUUUCUCGGCUGUAUCUCUCUUCGGCCUCACAGCCGACGAGGAAAAAAGGAUAGCACUAUUGGAUACAUAUUUAGACACGAGGAACGCCCGUAUCGCCUAUGAAGAACGAGCUCGUAAAACACUGGACCACAAUAAAUCUUCGGCAAUAAACAUAGUCGAGGAAAAUAGCCAAAACAAACUCGACUCGGUCAACACGCCUCAGUUGCCGGUCCACACCAAGGCACUCAAAAGUUCGAUUAAGGAUGUUCCGCCAACUGCUACUAUGGUUACUUCUGUGAAAGACGACGACCACGAUCCGAUGGCGCACGAAGCUCAGUUCUGUUUUAAUUUCAAAAGUGAGCUUGAGAAGAUGAAGAACUGGCUUGGAAAAAUGAAUUGCUUAGUUGUCGACGCAGACAAGAAACUGAAACUGUCGUCUGAACAGGAAACGGUCAAGAAAUAUUUGGGUGAGCUAAGGGAAGUGAUUUAUGAAGCCGACAACGCAUUGACGGAUUGCCUGAUCAGAGAGGAAGAAAAGAAGAAAAAGACGUUCUUCUCAUGCUUGUUGCCUCUGGAGCCGGUUUUCCCGUAUCAGAUGGGCAGGAGGUUGACGAACAUUAAUUCUGAUAUGAAGAAGGUGCACGACGAGUUGGUCAAGUAUUUGAGUGCAUCAGCUGCUGCACCAGAUAGUAUGAGCCAACACAUCAUCAGCAGCAGGCCAUUUGUUGGUUCACUAAACCCACAUAAGACAUAUGGAUUGGAUGGGGACAUAGAAGAGUUGAAAGGGUGGAUACUUAAAGACGACGAGAAGGAACCAGCAAUGAACUACAUUGGCAUUGUGGGGAUGGGGGGCCUGGGCAAAACCACCCUUGCUCAACAACUCUUUAACGAUUCUCAAAUCUUGGAUCACUUUGAAAAGACAAUGUGGGUGUGUGUUUCCGGAAAUUUCUGCGAGCAGUGGAUCCUGAAAAGGUUACUCAGCAAAGUUAAUGAAGAAACGUCUUCCUUGGAUAAUGAUGAAAUUUUGCGCAGACUCAUCACUGUCCUUAAUGGUAAAUCCUAUCUCAUUGUCCUGGAUGAUGUGUGGCCUUACAAAAACAAAUCAGAUUGGUUGAAAGACCUGUGCUACAAGCUACCAACAUCAGUUGGUAAAUCCAGCUGCAUCAUUAUUACCACCAGGAAUGAACACGUUGCGCAAAAAAUGGUUCUUAGAAACACACAAAUUCAUUACCAUCAACCUCUGAAGAGCAAAGACAGCUGGGAUUUAUUCAGUGAACAUGCAUUUCGAAAAAGCAAUGGAGAAUGCCCUGGUGAUCAUUAUAAAGAUGUCUCAGUGCAUAUCUUGAAGAAAUGUGGUGGCCUUCCUCUGGCAAUAAAGACUUUAGGAAGCUUAUUGUCUGAGAAGGUUGAUUCUCCUUUAGAAUGGACAGACAUUUCGAACAAAUUCCAUGCACUCACAACCGAAGGAAAAACUGUAGAUGUCAUCGACUCUCUGCAGUUAAGCUAUGAUGAACUUCUACAUACCAGUCUCAAGCAAUGCCUAUUUUGCGUCUCCAUUUAUCCCGAAGACUUCGAGAUAGAUGCCGAACAGUUGAUUCACUGGUGGGUUGGGGAGGGCCUCGUCCAGCAAAAGGAUUCAAAAACAGCUAUAGAAUUGGGAUAUGAAUAUCUCGCAGAACUAGUGAACAGAUGCCUGCUGGAAGUAGUGGAUAGGCGAUGGUAUGAUGGGAAAGUUUAUAAGUGCAAGAUACACGAUAUGGUGCGGGAGGUAAUUAUCAAGAUUGCGGGAGAGGAGGCAUUUUGCAUCUUCAAUGAGCAGGGAAAGCUAAUGCAGAAACAUGAGCAAAAUGAGCAAAAUGAGCAAAAGCCACGAUGGUUCCGUAUCAGCGAAGACAUGGAUGAUGACAAGAAGGAAUUAGAAGAUAAUCCAAAGUUGAGGACAUUUUUUCUCAUGUCAAGCCCUCCUAGUAACUUUGGCAAGAAUUUUGGGUUCCUGGAGUCCCUCAGGGUGUUGGACUUGUCUUACUCUAAAGUUGUCGAAUAUAGCAUCACCCAGUCUCCAGGUAGAACCUAUAUCAGUUCUCUCAAACGCUUAGCAUGUCUAAACUUGAGUGGAACUCAGAUACGGGAAGUCCCAUCUUCGAUUCAGAAACUGCUUAACCUCCAGCUUUUGGUGUUGAACGGAUGCAAAAAAUUAGUCAAAAUACACCCAUCCAUCAAAUGUUUGAAGAGGCUCAUUGUCUUGGACGUUGGAGAUUGUCCCCUUGAUUGCCUACCCAAGGGUCUAGGGAACCUCUGUCUUCUACAAGAACUUACCGGAUUCAAGGUGGUGAAUCCGGCCAAAACACAGGGUUGCGCCCUUCGUGAGCUCAGAGAACUAAAGAACCUAAGAGUUCUUCGAAUUGUGCUAAGUGCUGACACUGAAAUCUCUCCAGAUGAAAUAGGCAUCCUAUCAAGUCUCAGCAAUCUCAAGGUCGUUACCAUUGAUGCUGAUGAAUGUAAAGAACAGGAAACUUUGGGAAAGUUAGACGGGCUUAAGAUGCCUCCAAAUCUCAGGGAGCUGUAUGUAAGGAAUUAUCAUUCCAACGCAAUGCCCAACUGGUUUCAUCCGAAUGUGCUUUCUGGAUUGCAGUAUCUCUGUGUUGAGAAUUGUGACAUUGCGAAACUGACCAGUGAUCAGUCCACUUGGAAACAUGUUGAGGGUUUGUGUUUGAAGUUGCUGAACUAUGAGGAAGAUGGGGAUAACUUGAGGAAAAUUAUGCCUGCACUCCGCUACAUGGAGAUUCGCCAUUGUUCAAAGUUCAAAAAUCUUCCCCGCGAGGUUGAAGAGGAAGGAGUUUGGAGAAAGAAAAACAGAUCAGUGUAUAGUGAUCAAUAA